GGACGCUGUGGAAAAAAAAGUUGAGUUUACAAAGUUUCCGACGCCUGGAAGACAGUAACGGGAUCUGGGAAGAUCGCAGAGCCGAGACAAAAAGCUUGAGCCUUUCUUGUGUGCUUAACUGUAUGAGAGAGUUUUUUUUUUUUUUUUUUUUGUGCUCAUGUUAACUUUGUUAUCUUAAAAAUUAAGAAUCAGAACUGUUAGGCCUAAAGGAUUUUAGAGAGACAGCAGGCCUGAUUUUAGGAGAUUCGUGUCGGUGUUUUGAAGCGGGCGGACUGUGUUUUCCUUUUAAAGUUUUCAGAGUUUUUUUUGUGCACAAAGCAAAAUGAGCAACAACCCCGUUCAACCUUUGCCGGGACAGCAAGUCAUCCAUGUCGCCAAGGACCCCGACACGGACCUGGAGGCGCUUUUCAACACGGUCCUGAACCCGAAACCAAGUUCCUGGAGGAAAAAACUUAUGCCCGAGUCCUUUUUCAAGGAGCCCGACUCGGGCUCGCACUCCCGGCAGUCGAGCACCGACUCGGGCGGCCAGCCGCCGAGGCUCCCCGUGCAGCACGUACGGUCGCACUCCUCCCCUGCGUCCCUGCAGCCCGGGGCAGGGGCAGUUGUGGCCCCGAGCGCCCCGCACCGCGCGCAUAUCCGACACCAGUCCUUCGACGUUACCGACGAGUUGCCGCUGCCCCCGGGCUGGGAGAUGGCUUACACUUCCAACGGCCAGAAGUAUUUUCUCAAUCACGUGGAUAAGAUCACCACAUGGCAUGACCCACGGAAGACCAUGACGGCCAACGUGACCCAGAUGAGUCUGCACUCCCAGGCGUCCGCUGGCAGCGGGGGUGUGCAGCAGCGCUCCAUGGCUCUGUCUCAGCCCAACCUCGUGGUAUCUCAACACCAGCACCAUCCACAGCAUCUCCAGCACCAGCACCAGCACCAGCACCAGCACCAACACCAGCACCAACACCAGCAUCAACACCAACACCAGCACCAACACCAGCAGGCCCAGUCUCAGACCCUGGGAUCGAGUGGCUCCAUGGCCCAGCAGCAGAGCUCCCAGUCAGGCAUGAUGAACAUGGCCAGUCCCCUGAGUGCCCAGCAACAGCACCAGCAGAAGAUCAGACUGCAGCGCAUCCAGCUGGAGAGGGAACGCAUUCAGAGAAGACAGGAGGAGCUCAUGAGACAGGAGGUGGCGAUCUUCAAACAGAUGCCCAUGGAGUCAGAGAACAUGGUGCCAGUGGCUCAGCCCAUCAGUUCUGUUCCGUUGAACCAGGGCCUCAUGCCUAGCAGCGCCAACGGGUCCGACCCUUUCCUUGGGCCGUACCACUCGCGGGAGCAAAGCACGGACAGUGGGCUGGGUCUGGGUUGCUACAGCAUACCCACUACUCCUGAGGAUUUCCUCACCAACAUGGAGGAAAUGGACACAGGAGAAAACAUAGGGCCUGUCAGCAUGCCCGUGCCACAGCAGAGCCACUUCCCCGACUUCCUUGACUCCAUGCCAGGCACCAACGUGGACCUGGGCACCCUGGAGGGCACAGACCUCAUGCCCAUCCUCAGCGACGUGGAGUCUGUCCUAAACAAGAGUGAGCCGUUCCUCACGUGGCUGUAGGCUGGCUCCGGGCCUGGCGCCAGCGACCCCCCGCCGCAACCCGCGGCCCAGACUCUCCUCUCAAAUGUCUCUGUUUAUGUUCCGUUCUCCACCAGACCUGGUCACAGGUAGCUUUUCUCUGACGUACUGAGCGAAAACCAAACCAAAGGUGUUCGGCCUGAGAACAAAGAAAGCAAAAAACGCUCACGUCAAUCGGUUGGUGUUCCAGUGCAGUUAAAGGGGAACGGAAGAAAGGUGUUUGUUAAAUAACGUAGGAUAACGUAGAUUUUUACUGCCACCUUGUGUAGGUUAAUCAGAAUUCUGCCCCUUCCUCUGUCUUCGGGGACGGCCCUCCAGCCGUGUUCGUGUAGACGUGAAUGUUGGCCUCUGUAAAACGGGGACCCUCCAGCCGUGGAAUCUUAUACAUGUUACGUAACGCACCAUUACUGGGGGGUGGGGAUGGGGGGUGGCUUCACUUCUUACUCAUCACACGGCCUUACGAACAAAGUCACCUUCUUUUUCUUUCUUACAGAUACCAAAUAUGUUUCCUGCUGUAUUCAGAAUGAAUCUACAAGCUUUAAUUUGACUUUCAACGUAGUUUGUAAAGAAGCCGUAGUUUCGUGGCAUUCACAGCUUUGUACUCGAGCUGAUUCCAGGUUAGCCGUUGUAUCAUUUAAAAUCGCUCCUCUGACAUGCAGCGCUUUACCUUUGUAGACGGAUUUUUAUUUUGUGUCAUUUUUUAUGUACUGCUCCAGUAUUCUCUUUUUUUACGCUGUAAAAUACCCGGGACGUGUCCCUGGGCAUCUGGUGCAUUUUAUGACUUUUAAUAUAGAGUUUGCAUUGUAGUAUUUAUCAUGUUUAAUAGAGUUUUAGGUUUUUUUUUAUGGAAUUGAAAUUUCAAAGCACUACAAAUCAGUAACGAACAAAUUAGACCUUCAAGAGAACGUGGACGUGAAGAUUUGGUAUAUAAAGUUCUUAUUUUGUGUUUUUUCACUCUGACUGCGGUCAGCGACACUCUGAGUGGCUUUGCAGGGGACAUGCAACACACAAAAUGUAUUUUCUGAAAGCCAGAUGUUGUGUGUGACAUGUAUGUGAAUCGGGGGUCGGGGUGAGCGCGGAGGAACACAUGAGAUUUAUUUGUUAAUCCCAGCUGUAAUCCAGGGAUUUGUUUGAUCCAGAGGGAUUUUUUUUGCUAUUCCUAGCACUGGUGCUGUACAGCUCACCAGUAUACUGGUGAUGGUGACUGGGAGGGCAAUAGAACUGCAAGUCUGGGGUAGUUUGGGUAGACAGUGACAUGAUGACACAGGGCAGUAACAGUGGACCGGACUGAGCUCAUGAUGUCCUUUAGACAGGGUCGAGUGGUGAAGUCCUGGGAACAGGGAGGACGGAUGUGACGUGGCCCAGCUGACCACGUCCCUCUGAGUCUCACGUGGGAGGACGAGCAGGACAGGAAGUAUGUCUGUGGUAUUAAACCACACAGUGUGUGUUCUGGAGUGUUGUAGAGCUGGACAGUGAAGCCUAAGGCAUAUCUAAUGGACCGUGACCUUUGCCCCUGGGCAGGUAUUCAGUCUGGGUGUCUGAUCGGUCUCAGCAGUGAACGCAGGUGCUUUUGUUCAUCUGUACCUACUGAAGCUAUACUUACAUACUCACAUACUCGCAUAUAAAGCGAUAAAUACUUGCAUAUAAAGCGAUAAAUGCUUACAUAUACAGUAAUACAUUUUCCGAAGAGCGUAAACGUAUGAAAAUGAGUGAAGACGUUGUGUGACACUGAAGAUCUAGGGGUGGAAUGGGGUGGGGUGGGGUGGGGUGCACUUCAGUGUAGCGUUACAUGGGGCCUACACGCUGUGUAGGGUCCAGUCCGUCUUACGGUCACUUAGAGUUCAGGGUGUGAGGUGGUUGGAAGCUUGCUAAUGGACAUGGAGAACACACAGAAAGAAAGACAGCUCGCUGUGCCUGGAAAAUAUGGAAAUUAUUCUAAAAUUAUAACCUCACAAAAAUCUCUGAAAAUGAUGUGUAAGUUGAACAAAAAAAAAGAAUAAAAAGGUAUUAUCACAGA